GAAAACACGGGAGCCGAUUACAACAGAGGAGCGCGCAGCGCACAGCGCAGGGUUGCGCACAGAGAGGACGUAGCUGCGACACAGGCGAGGCGAAGGCGCGCCUACAGCCGAUGAGAUGCGGUGAAAAACCACCCUUCCCCAGCUUUUUCACCACGGCGCGUCAGGGCAGGAGGCAUUUUAAAAGGAAAAAGGUCCAAGAUGAGUGCCAUCCAGGCCGGUAACGAUGGAAGGGUGGAUAGCGGCAGAGGAAGCCUCACCGCCAGCAGCGGCGGCGGCGGCUCCCCGAGGCUCCAGCAACGCGUUCAGCCACCCAGCAGCGGCAGCCGGACGAAAGAUCCCAGAAACCAUCACCAUCAGCAGCAGCUCCAGCAGCAGAGGCAUCAUGGUGGGGCGAUGCUGAAGCAGCCAUCCCACAACGAGCCAGCUGACGUCGUGAGGCGGGCGCUGGACUUUAAGAGCCAAGGCACUCAGUGCUACAAGGAUAAGAAAUACAGAGAGGCGAUCGGCAAGUAUCACCGCGCUCUGCUGGAGAUCAAGGGGCUGUGCAGGGUGCUGGGGGAUCCGGACCCCGGCUCCAAGUCCACCCCCAGCCUCCUGCCGACCAUCAGCAAGCCCAGCACGCUGACGGAUGAGCAGAAGGGAGCGAUGGAGAAUGCGGAGCUGGAGUGUUACAACAGCCUGGCUGCCUGCCUUUUGCAAAUGGAGCUGGUGAACUAUGAACGAGUGAAGGAAUACUGCCUGAAAGUGCUCCUGAAGGAAGGGAAGAACUUCAAAGCGCUGUACCGCUCCGGAGUGGCCUAUUACCACCUGGGAGAUUACCAGAAGGCCCUGUACUACCUGAAGGAGUCACACAAACAGGAGCCGGCAGACACAAACGCCAUCCGCUACAUCCAGCUGACAGAGAUGAAGAUUCGCCGCAAUGCCCAGAAGGAAAAGAAAGAGGCGACAUAAGUGUCUCACGGGUCGACGACGCCGCGCCUGUCAUGAGUCGCAGCCCCACUGUGUGCCACUCGGACCUUAAACAUCACCGACCAGAGGUCUUAGUGUGAAUUCAUGUUUGUUUUGCUUUCGCUUUUGCACAGCAUACGGUGGCCAGUUAUUGAACUUUGUUGUGUGGAUGGUUGUUUUAGUUGUUUUUUUGUUUUUUUUUUCCUUUUCUUCUGAAAAAGAAAUUGCACCAAACCGGUAAACGUGUCUGACAAGAAUUUCUGCUCACUUUGCUUUAACUGUUAUAAACCAAUGCACUGCCAGUCCAAAACACAUUGCACAUGCAGCGUAGGUCAAGCACCUGCACUCGCACAAGAUGUGUGUUAAAUGCCUUUCUACAAGCGAGCAACGACCCACUUUCACAUUUUUUCGAUCGUUUGAUGAUGGCUAAAAAGGUAAUUCAAAGGUUUUUUGUCUUCUUGAUUAUAUCUGAUGUUAAGGUGCUGUCAAAACACAAAAGCAAAGAGAGCACAUUGCCGCUGGCUGCGGCACGAUACCAGAUACAUAUCACAAGAUGUAAAUAGGCUGCGAUGUAAAAUCCCAUGAAAAUCUUAUGAAAAAAAAUAUUUGUCUUUAUUGAUGCCAAAACAAAGCACUUCGUUCACAGCAUUUACUGUACCUUCAAAAAAAUUCCUCGUGUGUAUGGUAAUAGUGUACGUGUGUAAUAAACUUGUUUAAUUAUUUAGAUGUUUCAGGUG